CACGUGACCUGUCACAGCCUCUGACCCCGCGAGAUCUAUCCCAGGCAGCCGGCAGUGACAGGAGAAGCAGACUCUCCAGCCUCGCACCACUUAGCUUCAGGAAGUUAUCAGAUUGUUGUGGUCAUUAGGAGGAUGACGCAGCAGAAAUAUACAUGGGUGGACUGCAGGAAGGUCACUAUAUAAAGGACAUUUUAUGUCCAAGAUCCACUACAAACUGCAAGAGAUUCAUCUCUACAAGCUCCAACCCAACAGCAACAAUGGUGCAGUGGACUGCUGAGGAGAAAGCCGCCAUUACCUCCACCUGGGCCCAGGUCAAUGUUGAGCAGGAUGGUCAUGAUACCCUGACAAGGCUUCUAGUCGUGUACCCCUGGACCCAGAGAUACUUCAGCAGUUUCGGAAACCUGUCCAAUGUGACCGCCAUCUCUGGCAAUGCCAAGGUCCAUGCUCAUGGCAAGAAAGUUCUUACAGCUAUCGGUGGCGCCGUCCAACACAUGGAUCAUGUGAAACAUCACCUGGCUGCUCUCAGCAAGGUUCAUGCCCAGGAACUCCAUGUGGACCCCGAGAACUUCAAGCGUCUUGGAGAAGUUCUGGUCAUCGUCUUGGCCUCCAAGUUGGGAUCUGCAUUCACCCCUCAGGUCGAGGCUGCCUGGGAGAAGUUCAUCAAUGUCCUGGUGGCUGCUCUGAGCCAAGGCUAUUUCUAAACCAUCAUGUUGUUUCUUGUAAAGAUGUUAUGACAGAUCUAUAAUAAAAAUGUAUUUUA